GGAGCCGCCCAAACCCCGCCCGCGCUCUCUCCUACGUCUGGGGCCCCCUCUCUCCCUCAUAUUAAUGAGCCGGCCCGGAAGCACCUAACCCGGAAGCGGUUGUACUGGGACGGGGAGCAGAGCAGCAUGGCGUCCCAGGCUAAGAGGCGGGCUCUGGGCAGCAGGCACCCGCGGCCGCUCGUAGCCCGGGUCAAAAAGGAGGAAGAGGAACGCGAGGAGGCGACGGAAGAGGACACGGACGAGAGCGGCGGCAGCGAUGAGGAGGACGAAGAGGACGAGCUCGUCAACCAGGAGGUUACCGUGGACUUCGAGGCCCGCUCUAUCUCCGAGGCCGACUGUGAUGGGAUCCAGAAGCUGCUGCGGCAGCUCUUCCUGAAGGCCCCGGUGAACGUAGCAGAGCUGGCGGCGAUCCUGGCCCAGCAGAGCCCCAUUGGGAGCGUCAUCCAGCAAACAGAUGUUCCAGAAGAAAGUGAUGAGGAAGAUGGUGAAGAAGAGGAGAUUUUUGGUUUCAUAAGCCUUUUGAACUUAACCGAAAGAAAGGGUACUGAAUGUGCUGAACAGAUUAAAGAGUUGAUUCUGAGCCUGUGUGAGAAGAACUGUGAGCAGAGCAUGGCUGAACAGCUGGAGAAGCUCCUGAAUGAUCCCACUAAGCCUGUGGGCUUUCUGCUAAGUGAAAGAUUCAUUAAUGUCCCACCACAGAUCGCUCUGCCAAUGCACCAGCAGCUCCAGAAGGAGCUCAAAGAGGCACGCCAGGCCAACCAGCCUUGUGGCAAGUGCUCGUACUACCUCAUGAUCAGUAAGACAUACCAAGAGGCCCCCAGGAACUCCAGAAAGAAAGGGAAUGGGUCCCAGAAAGAAGAGCUCAUGUUUGCGAAUGCAGAGGAGGAAUUCUUCUAUGAGGAAGCCCUUCUGAGGUUCAGCUACUCGGUGCAGGAGGAGAGUGACACGGCGUUGGGAGGCAGAUGGUCUUUUGAUGAUGCGCCCAUGAAGCCCCUCCGGACAGUCAUGCUCAUUCCAGCCAGCAAGAUGAGCGCAGUCAUGGACACGCUGAAGGAGUAUCUGUCCAUCUAGCCCGCUCUUUUUACAAUGCUUUCUGAUGAACUUUGGACACUUGCUUUAGAACCCCAACCUUGUGUCUUACAAUCAAUACUGCGUAUAAGUUCCAAGGCAGAGGAGUGAGUGCUAAGGCUAGGCAAUGGGGGUCACCAAGCUAGGAAGCGUCUGAGGCCAGAUUGGAACCCAGGACCUCCUGACUAUCCCCUGUGCCACCUGGCUGCUCCCCACAUCUGAUGUCUUAUCACCCUGUGUGGAAAGACGGUUCCCUCACCGGCUCUUAGUAGGUUUUUGAAAAUCCUUUUCCAUUUGGGCCAAAUGUACCUUCGGCUUGGGACUGGUGCGUUAAGAGCUCAUUACUUCAAAGGAAAACCGGACACACGGGUUAGGAAUUUAAAACCAGCAACGCCUGUUUAUUCUGGUCGCUUUAAUGAUGUACAAAGUGAUCUCGGCCUAGUGCUUUCUCUGGCCUCCUAUGAAAUCUCGGUACAUCUUUCGCGUUGGCAAACCGUUACAGUGAUUAACUUUGGGGUGUUUAUUGCACAUCCUGUUUCAGUGGGUACUGAAUAGAAUUAAGGUAAAAAAGUCAUUGGAUAACGCAUCUUGCUUCAGCAGACGCUUCCGGGCACUCUUCGCAGAGCUUCUCUUUGUUUUUCUGUUCCUUCUUCGUUGUGGGAAUGGGUGCCAAGUGGUUGAUUACUUGCUGCAGAAUGUCCUUGCUUUCACUAGGAGGCAGGUUGCUGAAGAAAUACUGCGGUGCCAGCUCCAUAAACCUGGGGAGGAAAGAACGAGCCGCAGCUCCUUAGAGGGCCGUGCAAGCUCAGGCUCCGCUUCCAGACCCCGUGGGGGGCCUGAAGUGCACCAGAGACCAACCUGGGGCCUGUUCUCAAAGGCUCAUCUUGGCAGGCUUUGUAGGGACCGGUCAGGGUCCGAACAGCAGAGCUCUUGGCCUCUCUGGCUUUGGGGGAGAGUUCUUAAUCUUUUGGAGCUUCCCCCUCCCUCUCCCCUUCAGAAGACUUUAAACUACAUGAGUGAGGAAAGCAGUGAUGCCGACUUUAUAAAGAGAUCAUGUUCACAGGGCCAGGCAAAGAAGGCCUGCUUUGGCUUCACCAAGUGUUUGGGGAACGGAUGCCCUUGAAAGCCAGUAACGGUGGGUGGCGUCUAGCGCCCGGCUGGGAGAAAAGAGUUUCUAUUUUCUUAGACAGCUUCUGCCUCUGGUUGGUCGAGUUGGCUAGUUUGGGCCAAAAAUGUUCAAAAAAAGCUUUUCUCAUGAAUUCUUAAUAAAGCGUCACACGAAUAA